AUGCCCGUUCCCGACGCCGACAUCCACCCCUCAGCUACCGGGCCCGCCCAAGCCCUCGUAGCCAAGCACCAAGCCGAGCAACCGCUGAAGUUCUACGCAGGCUGGUUCUGUCCCUUCGUCCAAAGAGUCUGGCUCGCCCUCGAAGAAAAGCGAAUCCCCUACCAAUACAUCGAAAUAAACCCCUACAACAAAGACCCGAGCUUCCUCGCCCUGAACCCACGGGGCCUCGUCCCAACCAUCACCAGCCCCUGCCCAAGCCCAGACAAUCACAGUCCCCACUCCGCGCGGCCAUUAUACGAAUCGACCGUGAUCCUCGAAUACCUCGAAGAAGCCUACCCAUCGCACAAGCCCGCCCUCCUCCCGACGGACCCCUACCUACGCGCCCGCGCCCGCAUCUGGAUUGAUUUCGUUACCUCGCGCGUGAUUCCGGCGUUUCAUCGGUUUUUGCAGUUUCAGCCUGGUGAUGGGGAUGGGGGUGGGGCUGAUGGGUUGAAGAUGGUGAGGGGGGAGUUCGUGGAUACACUGAAGGAGUUUGCGAGGGAAUUGAGUCCCCAGGGGCCGUAUUUCCUGGGUCAGGAGUUCAGUCUUGUGGAUGUCGUGUUGGCGCCGUGGGCGACGCGGUUGUGGGUUUUCGAGGAGUUUAAGGGUGGGGUCGGGAUCCCUUUGCCUGGGGAGGGUGGGGAGGAUGAGGGCGUUUGGGAGCGGUGGCGCCGUUGGUUGGCUGCUGUUGAGGCGCGCAGGAGUGUUAGGGAGACGUGUAGUGAGAGGGAGUGGUAUCUUCCGAUUUAUGCUAGGUAUGCUGAGGAUAAGGCGCGGAGUGAGUUGGCUAGGGCUGUGCGGAGGGGGAGGGGCGUUCCGUGA